UGCAGGUUUCUAGAGUUCAGUCCAGCGGCUACUGAUUGUCAUUCUGGAGUUGAAGCGCCGAUUUCAUAUUCAAAGGGCGACUAGAGUAGCAAGCAUAGUGUCAAUAAAAUUUCAAAACAUCAGCUCCUGUCAAUUAAUUUGGAACCAUCAAAGCCGUCCCGGGCUGCCCGGCUUGGAUCUGAGUGAAGAAGCCGUAGUUAGCUAGCUAGCAAUAUAGCAGGAAUUAGGAGGAGAGCAUAGAGGAACCAUCAUGGCUCAGAUCCUGCCCAUCAGAUUCCAGGAGCACAUGCAGCUCCAAAAUUUAGGGAUCAACCCCGCCAACAUCGGGUUCAGUACCCUGACGAUGGAGUCUGACAAGUUCAUCUGCGUGCGGGAGAAGGUCGGCGAGCAGGCCCAGGUGGUCAUCAUCGACUUGGGUGACCCAAACAACCCCAUCCGCAGGCCCAUCUCGGCGGACAGCGCCAUCAUGAACCCCGCCAGCAAAGUCAUCGCUCUGAAAGACGCUGCCAAAACCCUUCAGAUCUUCAACAUCGAGAUGAAGAGCAAGAUGAAGGCCCACACCAUGACUGACGAUGUCACCUUCUGGAAGUGGAUAUCUCUGAACACAGUUGCCCUGGUAACUGAUAACGCUGUUUACCAUUGGAGCAUGGAAGGCGACUCCCAACCAGUCAAAGUGUUUGAUCGACACUCCAGCCUGGCGGGCUGUCAAAUCAUCAACUACCGAACUGACGCCAAGCAAAAAUGGCUCCUCCUCAUCGGCAUCUCCGCCCAGCAAAACCGUGUGGUAGGGGCAAUGCAGCUCUACUCUGUGGACAGAAAAGUUUCCCAGCCUAUCGAAGGCCACGCCGCAGCCUUUGCCCAGUUUAAAAUGGAAGGAAACGCAGAGGAGUCCACCCUCUUCUGCUUCGCAGUCCGAGGACAGGCUGGAGGAAAGUUGCACAUCAUUGAAGUGGGUACCCCACCAACCGGAAACCAGCCAUUUCCAAAGAAAGCAGUGGACGUGUUUUUCCCCCCUGAAGCUCAGAAUGACUUCCCUGUUGCAAUGCAGAUCAGCUCCAAACAGGACGUCGUUUUCCUCAUCACUAAAUACGGCUACAUCCACAUGUACGACCUUGAGACAGGCACCUGCAUCUAUAUGAACAGAAUCAGCGGCGAAACCAUUUUCGUGACCGCACCCCAUGAAGCCACAGCCGGCAUCAUCGGAGUCAACCGGAAAGGACAGGUGCUGUCCGUGUGUGUGGAGGAGGAAAACAUCAUCCCGUACAUCACCAAUGUCCUGCAGAACCCCGACCUGGCCCUGCGUAUGGCCGUCCGCAACAACCUGGCCGGAGCAGAGGAGCUUUUCGCUCGCAAAUUCAACAACCUCUUCGCCGGAGGCAACUACUCCGAGGCCGCCAAAGUGGCAGCGAAUGCACCAAAGGGAAUCCUACGCACUCCCGACACCAUCAGAAGAUUCCAGAGCGUCCCAGCGCAGCCCGGUCAGACCUCGCCCCUGCUCCAGUACUUUGGCAUCCUGCUGGACCAAGGCCAGCUCAACAAGUUUGAAUCCCUGGAGCUCUGCAGACCGGUCCUACAGCAGGGCCGCAAGCAGCUACUGGAGAAAUGGCUCAAAGAGGACAAGCUGGAGUGCUCUGAGGAACUGGGCGACCUGGUCAAAUCAGUGGACCCCACGCUGGCUCUCAGCGUCUACCUGAGGGCCAAUGUCCCCAACAAAGUCAUCCAGUGCUUCGCAGAGACUGGCCAGUUCCCAAAAAUCGUUUUGUAUGCCAAGAAGGUGGGCUACACUCCAGACUGGAUCUUCCUGCUGAGGAAUGUGAUGCGGAUCAGUCCGGAUCAGGGCCUGCAGUUCGCCCAGAUGCUGGUGCAGGAUGAGGAGCCGCUUGCUGACAUCACACAGAUUGUGGACGUGUUUAUGGAGUAUAACCUGAUCCAGCAGUGCACCUCUUUCCUGCUGGACGCUCUGAAGAACAACAGGCCGUCCGAAGGCCCGCUGCAGACACGCCUGCUGGAGAUGAACCUCAUGCAUGCCCCUCAGGUUGCCGACGCCAUCUUGGGUAACCAGAUGUUCACUAACUAUGACCGCGCCCAUAUCGCCCAGCUGUGUGAGAAGGCGGGUCUUCUGCAGAGGGCUCUGGAGCACUACACUGACCUGUAUGACAUCAAACGUGCUGUGGUCCACACCCACUUGCUCAAUCCAGAGUGGCUGGUGAACUUCUUUGGCUCCCUGUCGGUGGAGGAUUCCCUGGAGUGUCUGAGAGCCAUGCUGUCGGCCAACAUCAGACAGAACCUGCAGAUCUGCGUCCAGGUGGCCUCCAAAUACCACGAACAACUCUCCACCCAGGCCCUCACCGAACUCUUCGAGUCCUUCAAGAGCUUCGAAGGUCUGUUCUACUUCUUGGGCUCCAUUGUGAACUUCAGUCAGGACCCUGAGGUCCACUUUAAAUACAUCCAGGCUGCGUGUAAGACAGGGCAGAUCAAAGAAGUCGAGAGGAUCUGUCGCGAGAGCAACUGCUACGACCCGGAACGCGUCAAGAACUUCCUCAAGGAGGCCAAGCUGACCGACCAGCUGCCGCUCAUCAUCGUCUGCGACCGUUUCGACUUCGUUCACGACCUGGUGCUCUACCUGUACCGCAACAACCUGCAGAAAUACAUCGAGAUCUACGUGCAGAAGGUGAACCCCAGCCGUCUGCCCGUGGUGAUUGGAGGGCUCCUUGAUGUGGACUGCUCUGAGGAUGUCAUUAAGAACCUUAUCCUGGUUGUCAGAGGGCAGUUCUCCACUGAUGAGCUGGUGGCUGAGGUGGAGAAGAGGAACAGGUUGAAGCUGCUGCUGCCCUGGCUGGAGGCUCGUAUCCAUGAGGGCUGUGAAGAGCCAGCUACCCACAAUGCGCUGGCCAAGAUCUACAUCGACAGCAACAACAACCCAGAACGCUUCCUGCGCGAGAACCCGUACUACGACAGCCGUGUCGUGGGCAAGUACUGUGAGAAGAGAGAUCCCCAUUUAGCCUGCGUCGCUUACGAGAGAGGACAGUGUGACCAGGAGCUUAUUAACGUCUGCAAUGAGAAUUCCCUUUUCAAGAGUCUGUCCCGUUACUUGGUUCGACGCAGGGACCCCGAACUCUGGGCCAGUGUCCUCCUGGAGACCAACCCUUACAGAAGGCCCCUUAUUGACCAGGUGGUGCAGACCGCUCUGUCUGAGACCCAGGACCCCGAGGAAGUGUCCGUCACCGUCAAGGCUUUCAUGACCGCCGAUCUGCCCAACGAGCUCAUCGAACUCCUGGAGAAGAUUGUGCUGGACAACUCAGUGUUCAGUGAACACAGAAACCUGCAGAACUUGCUGAUCCUGACAGCCAUCAAAGCUGACCGCACCCGGGUCAUGGAGUACAUCAACCGCCUGGACAACUAUGACGCCCCAGAUAUCGCUAAUAUUGCCAUCAGCAACGAGCUGUUUGAAGAGGCUUUUGCCAUCUUCAGGAAGUUUGACGUGAACACUUCUGCAGUUCAGGUUCUGAUUGAGCACAUCGGUAAUCUGGACCGGGCCUAUGAAUUUGCUGAGCGUUGUAACGAACCGGCUGUGUGGAGCCAGUUGGCCAAAGCACAGUUACAGAAGGGCCUGGUCAAGGAAGCUAUCGACUCCUACAUCAAAGCAGAUGACCCCUCUGCUUACAUGGAGGUGGUUCAGGCAGCCAACCAGAGCGGUAACUGGGAGGACCUGGUGAAAUUCCUUCAGAUGGCACGGAAGAAGGCCAGGGAGUCGUACGUGGAGACAGAGCUGAUCUUCGCUCUAGCCAAAACGAACCGCCUGGCGGAGCUGGAAGAGUUCAUCAACGGACCAAACAAUGCACACAUUCAACAGGUCGGUGACCGUUGUUACGAUGAGAAAAUGUACGAGGCAGCGAAGUUACUGUACAACAACGUUUCCAACUUCGGGCGUCUGGCCUCUACCCUGGUUCACCUUGGGGAGUACCAGGCAGCCGUCGACGGGGCCCGCAAGGCAAACAGCACUCGCACGUGGAAAGAGGUGUGCUUUGCCUGUGUGGAUGGUAAAGAGUUCAGACUGGCUCAGAUGUGUGGCCUUCACAUUGUCGUCCAUGCCGACGAGCUGGAAGAACUGAUCAACUACUACCAGGACCGUGGCUACUUUGAGGAGCUCAUCACCAUGCUGGAGGCAGCUCUGGGACUGGAGCGCGCUCACAUGGGCAUGUUCACAGAGCUGGCCAUCCUCUACUCCAAGUUCAAACCCCAGAAGAUGAGGGAGCACCUCGAGCUCUUCUGGUCCAGGGUCAACAUUCCAAAGGUUCUGAGAGCUGCAGAGCAGGCCCAUCUGUGGGCGGAGCUGGUGUUCCUGUAUGAUAAGUAUGAGGAGUAUGACAAUGCAAUCAUCACCAUGAUGAACCACCCCACAGACGCCUGGAAAGAAGGCCAGUUCAAAGAUAUCAUCACCAAGGUGGCCAAUGUGGAGCUGUAUUACAAAGCAAUCCAGUUCUAUUUGGAAUUCAAGCCUUUGUUACUGAAUGACUUGCUCAUAGUGCUGUCACCCAGGCUGGAUCAUUCGCGUGCCGUCAACUUCUUCACCAAGGUAAAGCAGCUUCCGCUGGUCAAGCCCUACCUGCGGUCAGUACAGAACCACAACAACAAAUCAGUCAAUGAAGCACUUAACAACCUCUUCAUCACCGAGGAGGAUUACCAGGCUCUUAGGACGUCUAUAGACGCUUACGACAACUUUGACAACAUCUCUCUGGCCCAACGUUUGGAGAAACACGAACUCAUCGAGUUCAGGAGAAUCGCUGCUUACCUCUUCAAAGGCAACAACCGCUGGAAACAGAGCGUGGAACUCUGCAAGAAGGACAAACUCUACAAGGACGCCAUGCAGUACGCCUCGGAGUCCAAGGACACAGAGCUGGCGGAGGAGCUUCUGCAGUGGUUCCUGCAGGAGGAGAAGAAGGAGUGCUUUGCAGCCUGCCUCUUCACCUGCUAUGACCUGUUGCGGCCAGACGUGGUGCUGGAGACCGCCUGGAGGCACAACAUCAUGGACUUCUCCAUGCCCUAUUUCAUUCAGGUCAUGAGGGAGUAUCUCUCCAAGGUUGAUGCAAUUAAGGAAAAGGUGGACAAGCUGGAGACUUCAGAAUCCCUCAGGAAAGAGGAGGAGCAAGCGACAGAGACACAACCCAUUGUUUAUGGCACACCUCAGCUUAUGCUAACAGCAGGACCCAGCGUGGCUGUACCCCCGCAGCAGGCUUACGGCUACGGAUACACAGCGCCUGCAGGCUACGGCCAGGCAGCCCCAGCCCAGCCCGGUUUUGGCUACGGCAUGUAAGGACCACAGAGCUGCCUGAGCCAUCCAUCCAUCCAUCUAUCCAUCCAUCUCUCUCUCUCUCUCUCUCUCUCUCUCUCUCUCUCCCUCUCCUCUUCAGUACCCUGCUACCAGCCCUGAACCAUCUUCUACUCACAACAGGGGAUAUGAGCAAGCAAGCUUACCUUUUUUCUUUCUUUCUUUCUUUUGUCCUUUUUUUAAAAUGAUUGUUCUUGGU